AGACUGUCGACUAUAACUCAUCCGUCACUAAAAUGCUUGAGUCCCGCGUCUGGCAGAGAGACCACAGGGACUGCCCAGCGCUUCAUCCGGACGUCGGAUACUAUACUGAGAUGGUCCCGCCGUUGAAUAUGUUGGACAAUCCGUCCAAUUGUAUAACAACCAAAUUUGUGCGGACGUCCACUAAUAAGAUGCGUUGCCCUAUAUUUUGUGUCCUUUGGACGCCCGAAGGCCGACGUCUGGUGACCGGAGCGUCGAGUGGAGAGUUCACGCUUUGGAAUGGACUCACAUUCAACUUCGAGACUAUUCUUCAAGCUCACGACAGCGCCGUACGAGUGAUGACGUGGAGUCGUUCGGACCACUGGAUGGUAACGGCGGACCAAACGGGUUAUGUCAAGUACUGGCAAAGCAAUAUGAAUAACGUGAAGAUGUUUCAGGCACACAAAGAGCCCGUGCGAGCCAUCAGGUGCGCCCCCACCCACACCCCCACCACCGGU